AUGGCUCCGCAAGACAAACCUCGCCCGGAGGGGGACAAGCCCGAGGGUUUAUCCAAAUAUCUGAAGCGAAUGAAGACUGCUUUACGUUCACGCUCCAGUUCUAAGCGCCAGUCCGUAGCGACCCCAGAUGUCCCUUCAUCUAGCCAACCAACUGCGCUCAACCCAGUCCAGUCCGUCGCUGAGCCCACCACCGACUACAGUGCCAUACAACAAAUCAAAGCCCGCACUCUAUUCAAUAAAUACGGUCUCACCUUAGAGCCUGGUGAAUGGAAAUCACCCACCGACCUCGAACUCACUCGAGUAACCAAACCAAUCCGCAUGCGAGUCCACCGCACCUGCCACCGCUGCGAAACAAGCUUCGGCCCAGACAAAGUAUGCAUCAACUGCCAACACCCACGCUGCAAGAAAUGUCCCCGCAGCCCACCCGCCCGCGAGAAGGAACCCAACGAAUACCCUUCUCUUCCCAAAACCAAGAUCUCCGAGCUCCUCGCCCGCCAUGGCGGUAAUGGCAUACCGUAUACGCCACAUCUACGGGUUACAGGGAACCCAGCCGCGCCGCUAGCCAUGCCCUCGCGCUCCGGCGGGCAGGAUCUCGUCUUGAAGGCAGUGAGGCAGCGUGUGCACAGGAUCUGUCAUGCAUGUGAGACGGAGUUUGCACCGGGCUCGAAGGAAUGCGCCUCUUGCAGUCAUAUUCGUUGCAAGAAGUGUCCCCGCCAGCCGGCUAAGUUGGAUAAGUAUCCGGAUGGGUAUCCGGGUGAUGCUGAGCCGGUGCAAAUAAGGCCUAAUCGGACGUUCAAACCGCCCCGGCGGAGGGUUCGUUAUAUAUGCCAUGUGUGUACGACGAUGUACAAUGAUGGUGCGAAUAGUUGUGGGAAGUGUGGACAGGCUAAGUGUGAAGAGACUAUACGGAUUCCACCGAAAAAAAUCAAACGAGAGCCUGAUCCUGAAGUCCUCCGGCGGGUUGAAGAACGAUUAGCAGGCUUGAACAUAGAGUGA